AUGUCUGAGUCAGGUUCUUCAUCCACACCGCCCUUGAAGAACCCUAAGCUCAGCGCCAUGAACAAGGCUUUGGCACAAGUCGAUCUCGACGGCCAUGAUCUGCCGCCCUCACCGGCACCUUCGAGCCCACGAGGCAGUCGCAAUUAUGCACUUGCGACCCAAUUGGUUUUCUCCGAAGGCAAUGAUCAGUACAACUCCAGCAGCAUGCCAAUUUAUCAGUCUGCUACAUUCAAGCAAACCUCUGCCACAGGGGGAAUCGCCGACUAUGACUACACCCGCAGUGGCAACCCUACGCGCACACACCUCGAAAAGCACCUUGCGAAAAUAAUGCGCGCGAAACGAGCCCUUGUGGUAUCCUCCGGCAUGGGUGCCCUCGACGUUAUAACUCGCCAGCUGAGACCUGGCGACGAAGUCAUUACCGGCGACGACUUGUAUGGAGGGACACAUCGACUUUUGAAAUAUUUGUCUACACAUGGUGGAAUUAUUGUUCAUCAUGUCGACACCACAACACCUGAGAAGGUUCAGGAAGUCCUGAAUGAGAAGACCACCAUGGUUCUCCUCGAAACCCCUACCAAUCCUUUGAUUAAGAUUGUGGACAUCCCCACCAUCUCGAGCAUGGCGCAUGCCGCCAACGCAUCGUGCAUUGUGUGCGUGGAUAACACCAUGCUCUCUCCGUACCUGCAAAGCCCGCUCGAGCUGGGCGCAAACAUUGUCUAUGAGUCAGGCACAAAAUAUCUGUCCGGCCACCACGAUCUCAUGGCAGGCGUACUGGCCGUCAACGACGAAGCUCUGGGCGAUAAACUAUAUUUUACCAUCAACGCCUCUGGUUGCGGUCUUGCUCCAUUUGACUGCUGGUUGUUGAUGCGGGGUAUCAAGACUCUGAAAGUCCGCAUGGAUGCGCAACAGAGCAAUGCGAUGUUGAUCGCCAACUUCCUUGAAUCAGCCGGGUUCAAGGUCCGCUACCCUGGGCUAAAGAGUCAUCCACAAUAUGACCUCUUCAACUCCAUGGCCCGUGGUCCCGGGGCUGUCCUCUCCUUCGAGACAGGCGACAUCCAAUUGUCCGAAAGGAUUGUUGAGUCUGCAAAACUGUGGGCGAUCAGCGUCAGCUUCGGCUGUGUCAACUCUCUCAUCAGCAUGCCUUGUCGCAUGAGUCACGCCAGCAUCGACGCAAAAACGCGCCAGGAGCGAGGCGUACCCGAAGACCUGAUUCGUCUUUGCGUGGGAAUCGAGGAUGGAGAGGAUCUUCUGGACGACCUGAGGAGUGCGUUGGUGCAGUCUGGCGCCAUGAACGUCACCCUUGAUGGUAUCCAUGCAAAGAACGCCACCGUGGGCGUUCAGCACUCCGAAGAAGGUGAGCAUCUAGCUGCCGACGCUGCUGCUGUCAAUGAGCCUUGA